UGUAUAGAACUAUGGUCUAUGGCAAAAACCGAAGCGCAGUUACAUUCAAACUUAAGAAAUUCCCUCAAAAACUCAACAGGGAGUUGGGUGGUUGGUGAAAAUGGUGUUAGUGGAAGCUGUGAUACACAUUUAUGUCCUAAAGAACUAAUAGAAGCGUGUUGUUCUCCUAAGAAAUCUUUUAAAGUAGAAGUCGAAACUUUCUGCAAACAUUUUACUUUAAAAGAAAAAGUUCAGAAAAUUGAGUCAUUUGAGUACUUACCUCUAGAAGGGCCGGUGAAGCUAAACAAACCUGAUAUAACCCUAGCUUACCUGGAGUUCUAUGGUGAUGACCCCAACAAUGUGCCUGAUCAACCAUAUGAUGUCUUCUUUGGAAAAUGGAUAGUAGACGGGCAGCGCGACCUCAUCCAGUACCACUCGCUGAAGAAGCGGCACUUCAUAGGCAACACUAGUAUGGACGCGCAGCUCUCCCUGCUCAUGUCUAACCAGGCGCAAGUGAAGACGGGAGACAUUGUACUCGACCCCUUUGUUGGGUCGGGAUCUCUGCUGGUGUCUGCUGCUCAUUUUGGAGCUUACGUGUGGGGCUCCGACAUCGACUUCAUGAUGCUGCACGGGCGCACGCGGCCAACUCGAGUCGGACAAAAGAUGCGUGCCAAAGAGGAGAGCGUUAGGGGUAACAUGAGGCAAUACGGAACUGAAUCUUCUUACCUAGACGUGUUAGUGAGUGAUUUCUCACUACCGUUAUGGAAACAAGGAUUCAAGUUCGACGCAAUUGUCACGGAUCCGCCCUACGGCGUCAGACCCACAGAGAAGAUAGGCAUCGAGCGUGAUAACUACAAGCUCUCCGACGAGCACCUGGUCAACCACAUCCCCUCGAAGGUGGAGUACGGGCUGCAGCAGCUGUACGGAGACCUGCUGAACUUUGCCGCGACACAUCUCGAGAUCGGAAGGAGAUUGGUCUGCUGGUAUCCGCUUGUUAGGGAAGAUUACCAUGAAGACCAGUUACCGUCGCACCCGUGCCUGUCGCUCGUGGCCAACUCCGAGCAGGUGUUGUCCAAGCUGACGGCGCGGAGACUGCUGACCUACGAGAAGGUGCAUGACGACGUGCCCCAGCCAGCCGCUCGAUACUAACGGGGGUCGCAUAA